CUUUGUGGUAAUACCAGCAUUUUUUGCAAUGUGAUUGUGGAAGGCUCUUGAGACUUUUCAUAAAUUUCUAAUAUUUUCAAUAAGUAUUUUCAUAAUUCUUAUUUAGAAUUUCGUUAUUAUACUAUUAAAUUUCUAUUACUAUCUAAGUGCGCACAUAGGCACAGCCUAAUCACAUUAUUGCGAAGUAAUACUUUGUACCAAGAUGUCGGUGAUACUCAUCUACAAUUUUGACAAGGAAAAGAUGCUUGUAUAAUCGCGAGGAAGCUUUUGUGGAAUUUAUAUGAGCUUAUAAUUUGUGAAUGUGUAAAUACAAUAGAUAGAACUACGUCAAUAUGAAUCAAAUCGCCGAUGAAACUCUGCAGAAUGUCAAGUGCAGUAAAAAAAGUGCGAACUCGAAAAACAAAAGUAAAAAGGCCAAAGAUCCUGCGGAAACGACUGAUGGAAUAAGUAUAUUGAAUCAGGAUAAGUUGAGUGAAGCCUUAGCUAAUACUCUUCAUAUUAACAACAUCCAUAGCAAUCUAACCAAUGGGUCGAACGACCAUACUAAAAUUAGUCUUCACGACUCGAUUGACCACUCUGACGCACACGGUGAAGCGCCCAGUGAAAUCGCAAACGAUGUAAAUAGUGUACAGUGUAAUGAAGCUACUAGCAAAUGUGCAAGCACUGAUAUAUGCUCUUCUGAAGUGCAACAGGGAAUACACAACCUUGACAACUCUCUAGGUAACCUCGAAAAUAAUCAGAUCGUAAAAGAACAGCAAGAUGAUAUUGAAAUUAUUUCAUAUGAAUCAGAAUUGCAGAUGCCAGAAAUCAUGAGACUUAUACAAAAAGAUUUGUCUGAACCUUAUUCAAUCUAUACCUAUAGAUAUUUUAUACAUAACUGGCCUAAGCUUUGCUUCUUGGCGAUUCACGAAGGAAUAUGCAUUGGUGCCAUUGUUUGUAAGUUAGAUAUGCACCGCCAGGUGGUGAAGAGAGGCUACAUUGCCAUGUUAGCUGUUGAUGAAAAAUAUAGAAAGAGAAAGAUUGGCUCUAGGCUUGUACGGAAAGCUAUACAGGCUAUGAUAAACGACAAUGCAGAUGAAGUGGUGUUAGAAACUGAGAUCACAAAUAAACCAGCACUGAAGCUUUAUGAAAACCUAGGUUUUGUGCGGGACAAACGCUUAUUUAGAUAUUAUCUUAAUGGUGUUGAUGCAUUGCGAUUAAAGUUAUGGCUAAGGUGAAAUAAGUAGUUAACUAAUGUGAAAUUCUCAAUGUUGUGUUAUCUUCUGGAGGUUUCCCUGCCUCAGGCUUAAUACAAUGCAUACAUAUACAUAGAAUUAUGUCCUAUCUACUAUUGUUGAAAUGAAAUGGUAUAACCUAUUGAGUCUGCCAUGUGGAUUUUAGCCAAAUGUAUAGUUUAUUUCAAUUAUUUUUUAGUCAUGUGAUAUGUUUAUUUUAUCUAAUUUAUGUGUUGAAAAUUGUUACAUAAUGAAAAUGUUUUCCUCCGAUUUCUUUUUAUAUCUCGAUCCUAAGGUUAUAAAUGGUUAAUAUCCAAACUAAAUACACAACUUUGAUGAAUUGUC